AUGGCCGCCCCUCAGAUUCCCAACCUCAACACCCUCCGUCGAGGCCGAGGUCGUGGCCGCGGAGGCCGUGCUACUGACAGCGGCCAUGACACGCGACCAGCAGGCAAGGACCACGUGGUGCAGGGCACCGACAACGACGCCAGCGUCUCCCGUCUGAGCGCGGUCGAGCUGGGAUACCUGCAGGAUCCCUACGCGACAAUACUGACACCUGCGGGGUCUGCGACACGGAGAUUCCCAAUUAUCAACAGGGCAAGAAGGAUGGGAAAAACUGACUGGGGCUACCCAACAGGAACCUACGUUCGAACGACUGCAAUUGAUCACCUUGUUGCGCGUUUCUUGGGCGCGCACACACCAAACAAGGACCAGAGCCAGCGGAAACAAAUUAUCUCGCUGGGGGCGGGCUCCGAUACGCGUGUUUUCCGGAUCCUCUCUCGAAACCCGUCCGACCUCGUCUACCAUGAAAUCGAUUUCGCAGUCAACACAUCCUCGAAAGUCCGGGCGAUCCGAUCAACACCGCGACUUCAACAGGCACUGGGCAUUGACAAACCCGACGCCGAAGUGACCGUUUCAGAAACAGGCGACGCACUACACACUCCAACCUACCAUCUCCACGCCGUCGACCUGCGGUCACUCUCGAAGGACAGCGACUUCUCCGCAAUACUUCCCGGCGUAGACCGGGGUCUACCAACUUUGUUGAUUUCGGAAUGCUGUCUAAUCUACCUCUCGCCCACUGAAGCAGCACAAGUGGUCGCUUUCUUUACUGAACACCUGUUUGCACCUGCGGGAGGUAACGGAGAUGACAAACAAACCACCGCUCCGCUCGGACUGGUGUUGUACGAGCCUAUUCGCCCAGAUGACGCCUUUGGCCGAACCAUGGUAUCCAACCUGGCGACACGGGGCAUUCAACUCCAAACGCUACAUAAAUAUGCCUCGUUGGAGGCGCAGCGGAACCGAUUGAAGGAACAGGGGCUUGGAAGCGGCCAAGCAGUCGCUGAUAUCGAGUUCAUAUGGAAGCAUUGGGUGAGCGAAGAGGAGAAGGAGCGGGUUUCUGGUCUUGAAAUGCUGGAUGAGGUGGAGGAGUGGCAGCUCCUGGCUCGGCACUAUUGCAUUGCUUGGGCUUGGAGAAAUGGAGAUAACCCUUCGAUCUAUAAGGGAUGGGCGACAUUGGAAGCCCAGCCAGGCAACUGA